AUGGGUCAGGUACAAAUAGCAUUGAUUGUAUAUAAUAAUUGGGUUAGUCAAGAGAUGAGAAUUUAUGAUGAAACAAGAACCGUUGAAAUUGAAUGGAUUGUUGGACCAGUUCCAGUUGAAGAUAGUAUUGGUAAAGAAAUAAUAAUGCGUUAUGAUACAGAUAUUCAAAGUAAUGGAACUUUUUAUACGGAUGCUAAUGGACGUGAAGUACUUGAACGUAAAAGAGAUUAUCGACCAACAUGGAAUUACACAGUACAUGAAAAUGUUAGUGGAAACUAUUAUCCUGUUGUAAGUCGUAUUUGGAUUAAAGAUAACCAAAAGCAACUGACUGUAUUGACAGAUCGAUCUGAAGGUGGCUCAAGUAUACAUGAUGGUUCUAUUGAACUAAUGGUUCAUCGUCGUUUAGUUUAUGAUGAUUCAUUAGGUGCUGGUGAACCAAUGAAUGAACCUGCUUAUGGAAAAGGUCUUGUCAUACAAGGUAGACAUGUUCUUGUUAUUGAACCACCAGAAUCAAGUGCACUUUAUCAUCGUCAUGUUGCUCAAAGUCUUUUCAUGAAUCCACUCAAUACUUAUGCAUUACCAAAACUACCUUAUACUAAUUAUUCAAAUAGCUAUCAUCAAACAUGGUCAGCUUUAGUUGAAUUAUUACCAUAUAAUAUUCAUUUAUUAACUUUUGAUCCAUGGAGUUCAAAAGUAUUUCUCAUUCGUAUUGAACAUUAUUUUGAAUUGAAUGAAGAUAAAACAUAUUCAAAACCAGUUCAAAUUGAUUUACAAAAUUUAUUCAAUACAUUAGGGAAAAUUAAGAAUUCAAUUGAAUUAACACUCGGAGGAAAUUUACCAUUGAAUGAAAUGAACCGACUGGUUUGGAAAACGAAUGAUAAUCAAUCAUCAUAUUGGAAACCAAUAAAUUCGAAUCUAUUACAAAGUACCAUCGUAACACUCAAUCCAAUGGAAAUUAAAACUUUUCAAGUCACAUUACAAUAA